CCACUAUAUAAGUUGAUUUCAAUCCACCUGAAGGAUAAUGUUAAUACUAAAGUAAAAUAGAAUGAGUCGCUCAAUAUUUUAUGGUUUCGUCUUCGCCGCUGCUGUUGUUGUUAUUUCCAUUAAAGCCAAUCCGAUUCCAGAGCAGAAUACCAAUGAUCCGCAAUUAACUGGUAAAAUGUUUGGUGGAAGUAUGGGGAUGGGAUCACCUCACAGUUUCCAUCAGUUUCAUCCUCAAAUGCAGCAGAUGCCUUAUAAUCCUUCCAUGAUGGGUAGUUUCAAUCCUGUUUAUGGAGGAUACAGCGGUCAUCCUGGUUCUUCAGGAAUGCAUCCAUCUAUUGGUGGAAACGGAUACGUUCCCAAUUAUCUGCAACAGUAUGAUAUUAUCUAUAGCAAAAGCAGAAAAGUACAGUAG